CAGAAAGCCUUAUUAAUACCCAACAAUUCUGGAAACCAAAAAUAACCAAUACUAGCUCUCUAUAUUCCUCUCACUCUGUUCUUUCUUCUCCUUCAUUAUCUUCAUCAAUGGCAGAACAGAGGCAAUUCCGUUUCCGCCUUCCUUGGCUGUCCGCCGCCACGACUCCACCUCGUGUCACCACGCCACCCCGUCCUGUCCCCGAACCACAAGUUCCACGUCCGACGCCGGUCGAGAUUCGAGCCCCACCACAACCUACUGCCACCAUUUCCACCCAACGUCCACCAUUCCGGCCAGCCGGAAUUGCUCCUCCAACAGCGGCACAAGUUCCAGCUGCACAGCGGCCUUCGCCUCCACGUACGGUGACCACCGAAUCCCAGCCGGCAUCCCCUGUCAUAACACAGCAACGAGGUAGCUCCGUCCCGACGUCGCCUUACCGUUCAGCAGCAGCAGAAUCCAAGGUUGCCUCGCUUCCUCCCUCACCGUCCCGUGUACCUCCACAGUCGAGAGCUGCAUCUGUUCCUCCGUCUCCAUCACGAACUGAGACCAGGACGCAGCUGCCAGAGCCAGCUCCGGCAGCACGGACAGCUUCUCAACCGCCAUCUCCGUCUCGUCGGGUUCCUGCUACCGGAAUUCAGCCAUCAAUCGCACCUCCAACAUCUGCUUCUCCCCAGAAGAAACCCCAAUUACCCAUAGCUGGUGAAGCAUCGAAGCCUCAAUCAAUGGAGGAAAUCGCAGCUCCAAAAACAGAGGAUCAGGAAACAGAGCAUCAAAAGAAAGCAACUUCAGAAGCCGCCAUUAAAGGUCCAGCUCGUUUCUCCCCGUUCUCCAGAGCAUCAGAGGAACGUCAACAAGAAAUCAGAACGGAAGGACAAAAGAUGAAGGCUGCCCCUGCUGCAGAAGACAACAACCUGAGAAACAGAGUCGCCGCGUUUCUUUCCUCUGCUGCAAAUGCAACACAUUCCAGAGGUCCCGUCAACCAAGAAGAUCAGGAAGAGAAACAAGAGAUUCGAGAAAGAAAGAAACCGGCGACAGGAUUCACGCAGAGUGAAGAGAAGGUCAAAGGAGUAAGUUCUAGUCAAUCUAGGAUCAGGAAGACUGCAACCGCCAAUGGAAGAGGAGAGCAAGUUCCGCUGCACAAAGAGAUCAAGGAGGAUAUCUCGAAGCUCGUCCAGAAGCUUGGCAUGGGACACAUCAAGCAUCCAAUAGGUGGCGAACAACAACCUGUCAGCGUCGUCACUCUGUCCGGAGAAAACAGGGGAGCCACCAUGCUUUUUGGAGCUGAUCCAGAGAGGAAAGAAGGCUCCCUUCACAUUCAUCGUGGGUACAAGACGAAUCCAGACGACAGCAUAGAAUCCACCACCGAUGGCGAAGGAAUCCAGAAGAUGAAGGAUUCGAAAAACCCGGGUAUGGAAGAUGAGCAGCCAUCGCCAAUGGCAUACAUCAACAGCAACACACAGAGCAUCAACAAUUCGAUCUUGCUCGAUAGCAUGGUUAACGAAAGCAAUCCUGGAGUUCACUUUUCUCUGUCUCAUAGUGAUCAGCCAGAACUCAGCAGAUCAGCCAUUGACGAAGAGCCUCGGACACAUAGAGCAGAGUUCAAUCCUACACCAUCUGAGAAGCUUACCUACGAGCCUCGACUGAGAAGAAGGUGCUUAAGAGGAUUGUUCAUGGAAACGAGUGAUUCUGAACCAGAUAAUCCAGAUAAACCGAGGAAACAUGGCUGUCGAGCUUAUGGCUGCGGUCAAACCAGCAAAGAAAGAGACAUUGGAGUUCUCUAAAGUGGUGCCUCAGUAAACUACCGUUAUUUGGCAGGGGGGGAAAUAAGGAUGCAGAGUUCAUCCAGAAAAGCCAUGUAAUGUUUCCUCAACAGGGGAAACUACAUGUUAAAUGAUGUUUAUAUUGAGUUAUGAACCCUACUAUGUAAAAAGUGAGAUGAUAUAACUACAUAAAGACGCUUUCUUUUG